UUGCUCCUUAUCUGAGGAAAUGUUUUACAAAGCCGCUUUCACUUCAAACCCAAUCACAGAUAUAGUUACAUCCUAUUAAAAUGGUUCCCACUUCGUUAUCCUGAGACCGUUCAAGAGACAACAUCUCUAAAUAAAUUGCCUUAAGCCCUACCGCUAGAAUAAUUUCGGUCACCACCGAAAUCGGUGCUAAUUAAGUGCUCAGAGUUCGUUUAUAAGCUCUUCCAAUACUCGACGGAAUGAUCGACACUGCGCGUACCAAUGGGAGCCAAAGCUUGCAGGAAGAUUGAUCACUUUCACUCCAAUCACAGCGACCCGGGUUCGGGCUUCGAAUAGUUCGGUUGUCUCGGGGUCGGUGACAGCUCGCGCGUGUAGAUGAUGGCGGUAAAUAAAAGCUACACACUAUAAAAAUAAAUAAAACGGCUAAUAUGUUUCGCAAAAGAAAUAGAAUGGAGUAAUUGUUUCGGUUUGGUCAGCGCAUUUUACUGUCAUAGCGAUGAGCCUAUAACCUCUUAAAGUUAAGGGGUUUUUUUCUUUAGGAAUCAGUGACUUUAAUCUGGGUUGACCUCCUGUUGUUUUGUUCAGAGAAUAUCAUGAAAGUUGAUUUUUAAAAAUAAUAUUUUUGUAGUAACGUCGUUGUUUUUUUGGCCAUCGCCGGGAUACGUUCUGUGCCAGCGUGUUGUCGCCUACUUGAAGUUGACGAGUGAGUGUCGGAGAAGACUUUAGCUACGGUCUGAGAGAGUGGUCUUUGUUCUGCGCAAGCAUUUGACUGGAACAGUUGCAUGGGUCUGGGUGGCGCAGCAGUGUGUCCAAAAGCGUACUGAGGUUGCGAUGUUGACGCUGUUCUCUGGUAUAAAAGCGUCCUCAAGGCUGUUUUCACUCACAAGCCUUUGCCCCGCGCCUGGGCACGCGUCGUGAUCGAGAGCACAUGUGCAUGCGGAGAGAUGGAUCGCUGUAAGCAUGUGUUACGCCUGCGGCUGGCGCAGGAUCACUCCAUCCUCAACCCGCAGAAGUGGCGCUGCGUGGACUGCAGCACCACCGAGUCCGUGUGGGCCUGCCUCAAGUGCUCCCAUGUGGCCUGCGGCCGCUACAUGGAGGAGCACACCCGCAAGCACUUCCAGGAGUCCCAGCACCCGCUGGCCAUGGAGGUGCGCGAGCUGGACGUCUUCUGCUACGCCUGCGGCGACUACGUGCUCAACGACAACGCCGAGGGCGACCUGAAGCUCCUGCGGGGGGCGCUGUCCACCGUGCGCACCCCCGGCCGCCGCUCCAUGCGCUCCCUGACCUCCGCGGGCGACUCCCCGCUGCGGGGGCCGGAGGCGGGGAGGGACCGGGGCGGGACGCGGGCCUCCAUGCAGACGGCCCUGCUGCACCGCCGCCAGGCCCUGCUGGGGGGCGCUCUGCGCGCCUGGAGGGGCCGGCUGCAGGCCGAGCAGGACCGGCGGGAGCAGGAGGCCAACCGGCAGAAGGAGGAGCUGCGGAGGAGGCGGCAGGAGGUGAAACGGCGCCUCCUGGAGGAGCUGGCCAGCGUGCCGCCCCGGAAGAGCGCCCGGCUGCUGACGCAGCUGCCCCGCCGCACCGCCCUCAUCCCGCGCAAGUUCCGGGACCCCCCCGAGCGCGCGCCCCCGCCCUCGCGCCCCGCCCCCGCCCCCCUCCUGUCCCGCAGGCCCCUGGGGAAGGCCGGCAGCCGCAGGACGUUCCGCCGGUACUACUCCUCCCACGCCGUGUCGCGGCGGAAAGUGGCGCCGGGCGUGACGGGGCUGCGUAACCUGGGCAACACCUGCUACAUGAACUCCAUCCUGCAGGUGCUCAGCCACCUGCAGAAGUUCCGGGAGUGCUUCCUCACGCUGGACCUGUGCGAGACGGAGGAGCUCCUGGCCAAGACCAACCGUGCGCAGGGCGCGGGCGGCGUUUCGGGCAGCGUGCUCCCCCCCGCGGCCGCCCCCGCCCCGGCUCCCGGACGUCUGGAGAGGCUGGGCGGCGGCGGUUUGUCUGCGGGCAGCAAGCAGGGUCCCCCGCCCAGCCUGAGCGCCGCGGAGCUGGUGCAGCCCAAGGAGCCGCGCUCCUCGCCCCGCCAGCAGAUGUCGCUGUGCCACGAGCUGCACACGCUCUUCAGGGUCAUGUGGUCCGGCCGCUGGUCGCUGGUGUCGCCCUUCGCCAUGCUGCACUCCGUGUGGAACCUGAUCCCGGCGUUCCGCGGCUACGACCAGCAGGACGCGCAGGAGUUCCUCUGCGAGCUGCUGGACAAGGUGCAGCAGGAGCUGGAGUCUGAGGGCUCCAAGCGCAAGAUCGUCAUUCCCAUUUCCCAGAGGAAGCUCUCCAAGCAGGUGCUGAAGGUCCUCAACACCAUAUUCCACGGGCAGCUGCUCAGCCAGGUCACUUGUCUGUCCUGUAACUACAAGUCGAACACGGUGGAGCCGUUCUGGGACCUCUCUCUGGAGUUUCCGGAGCGGUACCACAGCAUGGAUAAAGGGGCUGGCUCACCAGCACACCAGCGCAGCUGCUCCCUUACCGAGAUGCUGGCCAAGUUCACCGAGACCGAGGCCCUGGAGGGGAGGAUCUACGCGUGCAACCACUGCAACAGGAAAAGACGGAAGACAUCCCAUAAACCUCUGGUUCUCACAGAGGCCCGAAAGCAGCUGCUCAUCUACCGGCUACCUCAGGUCCUGCGGCUGCACCUCAAACGCUUCCGGUGGUCCGGGCGGAACCACAGGGAGAAGAUCGGGGUCCACGUGGCCUUCGACCAGGUGCUGCACAUCCAGCCGUACUGCUGCACGGACUCUCUCUCCUCCCUGCAGCGAGAGGGCUUCACCUACGACCUGUCUGCUGUGGUCAUGCACCACGGCAAGGGAUUCGGCUCCGGGCACUACACUGCCUACUGCUACAACACCGAGGGCGGUUUCUGGGUCCACUGUAACGACUCGGAGCUGAACGUGUGCAGUGUGGAGGAGGUGUGCAGCACUCAGGCCUACAUCCUGUUCUAUACUCAGAGAUCCGCCGAAGCCACCGUGGCCUGACUCCGCCCGCCAUCCCCUGCCCGUCCACACGGUGGCGCUGCGCCUCCUCGCUGGCGCUGGGGUCUGCUGCUGCAUGCAGAUCAGGAAGUCCCCCACCCAGCAGGGGGCAGCGUGAGUGACUGAACAGUGAGUAGUACAGCUUCUCUGCAGGUCUCUCCACCAUGAAUGGACCCCACUGGCAGUGUCUGCCCCACACGCCUCAGUUUUACAGACAUUUUGAGGAACGUGUGAGGUUGGAGAGGGAAGGCACCCAAAGCCAAUAGAUCUUGGGCUGUGACGGCUUAUGAAUCAUGUGAAAGCCCAGGAAUUUGGUCGGUAAUUUUAGUGUCUGGGAGAUGCCAGUCGCCAUGCCUCACUGUCCAAGGUAAAACAGCUCUUGUGUGGGCUGAACAGGGAGACAGUGUGGCCUUUUUUAAUUCGGUGGGGGUGGGUGGGGGUUGUCCGGGGGUCACAUCACACCGAAGUGGGCAUUGGAGCAAUAUUUUAAUGACAUCAUGACAUAAUGACGGAAAGGAAAUUCAGGAAUUAUUCUUCAAACUUUUUACUGGAUUGUUUUCUACUCUGCUGUUUUUUUUAUUGGAGUUCUUAUCAUUGUCUUGUAGACAAGAGAUGUAAUAUUGCUGUCCUUGAUAUGGAAAUAAAAAUGGCUUCAUGCACUGUAAAUUCCGGAAAGAUCCCGUGGCAGUGAAUGUCCUGCUUAUCUGGGGGAGAUGCAGUUUUGCCGCUGUGCUGCAUUGAGGUCCAGACAGGCUUGUUUGGUGGCUGGCUGUUGGCUUCUAACCUCUGUCCUGUAUUGUAAAAGCACCAGGCGUCAGAUUCAGGAGCCAGUGGGGCUGCCUAAAAAAAGGCAAUUAAAAAGAAAAAAUUG